AUGAAGUCCCUGUGCGCGGUUCUGUCUGUGCUCCUGCUUUGGUGCGGGGCCUGCAGCAGUUUGGAUGAGGACCAGCCCGACUUCAUGCUCCUAGCGGGACCUCUGACCAAUGGUUUCCGACCUGACUUCAGCGCAGGCUCCACGGCAGCCCUUCCCUUGUUCUCAGGGGGUCCUGCAGCGGAGGCCAAAUUCGGCACGUUCGGCUGCGACACUCCUCUGCCUGAGCGAUCCAGAGACUACUUCCAGUACCUGCGCUUCAGGGGGGUAACUCACUUCAAGGUCGUCUUGUCUUGGUCUCAUCUCCUGCCCACGGGGGACUCUGGCCAACCCAGCAGGGAUACGGUGGAGUGCUACCGGACCCUGCUGGUGCAGCUGGCUGAGGAAGGCCUAAAGCCCCUGGUUGUCCUGCACCGCUCGGCCGUCCCAGAGGCCCUAAGGGCUCGGCACGGGGACUGGGAGAGCCAGGUACUGCCGGACCUCUUCGAGCGCUACGCCCAGUUCGCCUUCUCUGCGUUUGGGGACUUGGCGGACUGCUGGGUGACGUUCAGCCACAUCGGUGAGCUGGUUGAGACGUGGCCUGGUGACACGGCCUCAGCACCCCACAGAGCACUGCAGAAUGCCCUCCUGGCUCAUGAGAAGGCCUGCCGUCUGUACCAUCACCUCUUUGCAGGAGGUCGAAUCUCCCUCGGGAUGCAGGCUGAAGAUGUUUCCCUCUUGUCCCAGACCACCAACAUGGCACUAGUCGAUUUCCUCUCUGUGGAGCUCCGGCGAGACUGCAGCGAGGGAGCAAGCCUGGAGAAAGAGCUGAGAGCCGUACAGGCAACCAGUGGCCCUCUACCAGUUCUAAUCUACCAGUUACAGAUUCAGGGCUGUGCCACAGAACAGAAUAACUACAAGCCUUUGAUCAGCCUUCUACAAGCUCUGAAAAGCCCAGACCAGAAAAUCCUGGGCUGCGACAUCGUUGAGCUCUUUAACCACUUGAGCAUGGGCAAUUCUGUUGAAAGUGCCCCAGAUGCAUCAGACGCCGCAGUGAAAGUGCCAUCUCUCGCCUCGUCUGCGUACCAGCGGGUGUGGGAGAAGUUCAGCAAGGAGACUGAGGCUGACCGUGACCGCUUCCUGACUGCAUCUUUUCCGGAGGGGUUUGCAUGGGGUGCCUCCAGCGAGUCCUUCAAGGUGGAAGGCGGCUGGGCUGAGCACGGGAAAGGGGAGACCAUUUGGGACCGCUUUGCCCAUGGGGGCCACGCGUUUGCAAACCAGACUGCUGACUUGGCCUGCGACAGCUACAACAAAGUGGACUACGAUGUCUACCUUUUAAGAGGCCUCUUUGCAAAGACAUACCAGUUUUCCAUCUCCUGGGCCCGCAUUUUCCCCUCUGGCCACCGGGGGAGCCCAAAUGAAAUGGGGGCUCUUUAUUAUGAUAAGCUCAUUGACACUCUCAUUCAGUCCAACAUCCAGCCAGUGGUCACGCUGCACCACUGGGACCUCCCUCAGGUCCUGCAGGACUACGGGGGCUGGAUGAACAGCUCCAUCAUAGAGGCCUUCAAAGACUUUGCAGACUUCUGCUUCUCCAGGUAUGGAGACAGAGUGAAGACCUGGAACACCUUCAGCAGUCCCUGGGUGGUGAGCCAUGCAGGGUACGGCACAGGAGUGUACCCUCCUGGUAUCAAAGACCCUGUUGUUGACUCCUACCAGGCAACGCACAUCAUGCUGAAGUCCCACGCUGAGGCCUGGCAUGUUUACAAUGACAAGUACCGCCAGCUGCAGGGCGGAAAGGUGGGUAUCGCCCUAAACUCGGAGUGGGCCGAGCCCCUGACCCCGUCUAGCCCCGAAGCCAUGGCAGCGUCGGAGCGCUACCUGCAGUUCAUGCUGGGCUGGUUCGCCCACCCCAUAUUCGUGGACGGAGAUUACCCGCCCUUGCUGAAGAGCCAGGUGGAGGCCAAGCGGAAGGAGUGCCUGGCAGAGGUCGCCCGGCUCCCCACCUUCACCGAGGCUGAGAAAGGCCGCGUACGCGGGACCGCCGACUUCUUCGGCCUCAACCACUACACGUCUAGGCUGGUCAAUGCGACAGCUGGGGGCUGCGUCCCGGGCCCUGCCGGCGUGGGGGACUUCACGCCGCAUGUCGACCCUGCCUGGCCCCCGACCGCGUCUGGGUGGAUCUACUCCGCCCCCUGGGGGAUCCGCCGGUUGCUCAGCUUCAUUGCAGCAGAGUACACGUCCAUCACCAAGGUCCCCAUCUAUGUGACAGGGAACGGGAUGCCGACCAGGUACAACGGGGAAGUUCUCAAUGAUGCAGAGCGCGUGCUCUACCUCAGGGGCUACAUCAACGAGGCCCUGAAAGCUAUCCAGCUGGAUGGAGUGGACCUGCGUGGUUUUACUGCCCAGUCUUUGAUGGACGGGUUUGAGGGCCCACAGGGCUACAGUGAGCGCUUCGGCUUGCAUUAUGUUGACUUUGGAAACCCUGACAGACCGAGGACACCAAAGGAGUCAGCCCACUUUUAUUCCGGAGUUAUCACGAGGAAUGGAUUUGCUGAUGUUGAGGUGAGGGUGCCAUCCCCACGUGGCUCCGCCUCAGACCCUGCCCCUGCUGCUUGGCCCCAGGCGAAGAAGCCGUCCGGCCUGCUGCCGUCUGAGGUUCCCUCUGCAGCUAAAGUUGUCUGGGAGAAGUUCUCCUACCAGUCCAAGUUCGAAAGGAAGCUCUACCACUACGGGACCUUUCCGGAAGGAUUCAGCUGGGGGGUCUCGUCCUCAGCGUAUCAGGUAGAGGGUGGCUGGAACGCAGAUGGUAAGGGCCCCAGCAUAUGGGAUGAGUUCACCCACAAGCCCGGCAGUAUCCCUAACGGCGGCAAUGGCGACGUGGCAUGUGACAGCUACCACAGACUGGAGGAGGACCUGUACAUGCUGAGAGCUCUUGGGGUGAAAUCCUACAGGUUCUCUCUGUCCUGGUCCAGGAUGUUCCCCAAUGGCAGCAAAGCAUCUCUCAACCAGAAAGGUGUGGACUAUUACAACAGGCUCAUUAACGGUCUCCUGGCCCAUGGCAUCACCCCCAUGGUGACACUGUACCACUGGGACCUCCCACAGGCCCUGAUGAGCAUCAAUGGCUGGCAGAACACCUCCAUGAUUGACGUGCUUGACGAGUUCUGCGACUUCUGCUUCGCCACUUUCGGCAACCGGGUGAAGUUCUGGGUGACCUUCAACGAGCCCUACACUAUUGCGUGGUCGGGUUAUGGGCUCGGCAACAUGCCCCCCAACGUCAAGAAGCCCGGCAACGCCCCCUACCAGGUGGCUCACAACCUGCUGAAGGCUCACGCUAGGGUGUACCACACCUACGAUGAGAAGUACCGGCCAGCCCAGGGCGGCGUCAUCUCCAUCAGCCUCAACGCUGACUGGGCGGAGCCCAAAGACGUCAACGUCCUGCGGGAGGUGGCGGCCGCCGACCGCGCCAUGCAGUUCCAGCUGGGCUGGUUUGCGCACCCCAUCUUCAAGAACGGCGACUAUCCCGACGCCAUGCGGUGGAUGGUGGGCAACAAGAGCGAGCUGCAGGGCCUGCCGGAGUCCAGGCUGCCCGUAUUCACUGAGCGGGAGAAGGCCUACAUCCAGGGCACGGCCGACGUCUUCUGCAUAAACGCCUACACCACCACAGUGGUGCAUCACGUGACCAGCAGGCUAUCUCCAGAGUCAUACGACUACGACCGGGACCUAGGCAUGGCGGAGGAGAGUGACUCCCCGAGCACGGCCAUUAAGGAGCAGAGGGCCGUGGCCUGGGGCCUUAGGAGGCUCCUGAACUGGAUCAAGGAGGAGUACGGUGACCCUGAGAUCUACGUCACAGAAAAUGGGGUUGCCACUGACAUUCAGACCACCGUCGAUGACACGGACAGGAUAUUCUUCCUGAAGACCUACAUCGAUGAGGCUCUGAAAGCUCAGAAUCUGGAUGCGGUGAAGUUAAGAGGAUAUGUUGCUAGCUCCCUGAUGGACUCCUUUGAGUGGCUACAUGGCUACACCGUGGGCUUCGGCCUUCACCACGUCGAUUUCAAGCACCCAAUGCGUCCCAGAACCCCAAAGCGGUCAGCCCAUUACUACUACCAGAUCAUGAGGGACAACGGCUUCCCCCUGCCCGAGGAGGAGAAACCUCUGUACGGACACUUCCGGAAGGAUUUCGCCUGGAGCACGGCGACAGCAGCCUAUCAGAUUGAGGGAGGGUGGAGGGCUGAUGGGAAGGGGCUCAGCAUCUGGGACAAGUUUGCGCACACUCCGCUGAGGGUCGGCAACGACGACACCGGGGACGUGGCAUGCGACAGCUACAACAAGGUGGAGGAGGACGUGGCCAUCCUGAAGAAGCUGAGGGUCAGCCACUACCGCUUCUCCAUCUCCUGGCCCAGAGUCCUGCCAGACGGCACCACCAAGACCAUCAACGAGGCCGGGCUCAACUACUACCACAGAUUGGUGGACGCGCUGCUGGCAGCCAACAUACAGCCCCAGGUCACCCUGUACCACUGGGACCUCCCCCAAGCCCUCCAGGAUGUUGGCGGCUGGGAAAAUGACACCAUUGUCCAGAGAUUUGCAGACUAUGCUGAUGUCAUCUUCAGUCACCUAGGGGACAAAGUCAAGUUCUGGAUCACUAUCAACGAGCCCUACAAUGUGGCCAACAUCGGGCACGGCUACGGCAGCGCAGCUCCAGGUAUUAGCUUCAGGCCCGGCACACUGCCUUACAUCGUGGGCCACAACCUGCUGAAAGCCCACGCCGAGGCCUGGCACCUGUACAACGAGAAGUACCGCGCCAAGCAGAGGGGCAUCAUCUCCAUCACCAUCAACUCCGACUGGGCAGAGCCUCGCAACCCGUACAAGCAGGAGGAUAUCGACGCCGCUCACCGGGUAGUGCAGUUCUACAUUGGCUGGUUUGCUCACCCUGUGUUUAACGGGGACUACAACGAUGUAAUGAAGACAAUCAUCAGAGAGAGGAGUUUAGCUGCUGGCCUUCCAAAAUCCCGUCUCCCAGAGUUCACCCCCUACGAGGUGCAGAGGAUCAAAGGCACUUAUGACUAUUUUGGGUUCAACCACUACACCACUGUCCUGGCGUUCAAGUUGGACUACAAGAACCUCCAGCACUACGACGCAGACAGGGGGGCAGGGACCAUUGCAGACCGCAGCUGGCUAGACUCAGGGUCCUCCUGGCUGAAGGUCACACCCCCUGGAUUCCGCAAAAUCCUGAAGUUCAUCAAAGACGAGUACGGGGACCCACCCGUAUACAUCACCGAGAACGGCAUCUCGGAGCGUGGCUUGGUCAACCUGAACGAUGCCCACAGGAUCCACUACUACGAGAACUACAUCAACCAGGCCCUGAAAGCUAACGUGCUGGAUGGGGUUGACAUUCGGGGCUACACGGCCUGGUCGCUGAUGGACAAUCUGGAGUGGGCCACGGGCUUUGCUGAGAGGUUCGGUCUCUUCUAUGUCAACCACUCGGACCCUACCCUUCCCCGCGUGGCUAAGCAGUCGGCUGCACGCUAUGCCACCAUCAUCACCUGCAACGGUUUCCCUGACCCCGCACAGGGCCCCCAUGAGUGCCUCGCCCCAGAGCCUGAAGGAACCACCACACCUUCACGUUCACCUUCACCAUCCCCAGCCCCCUCAGAGAGGGUCCAGUCGGUGAGGUUUUUGGGGUUGGACAUGUCACCCCAGGAUUCCGAAGUGGCUUUGUACAUUCUUUUUUCCCUCUCCAUUGUCAUAACCAUUGCAAUGGUCUUCAUGGUCUACCAAUACAGGAAAGCAAGCAGGAAACCCAAAUCGAGAACUGAAAAUAUCAGCCUUGAGAAAAGGUUCUAA